CUCUCCUCUCUCUCUCUCCCUCUCUUUCUCUCUCAAAAGAAAAGCAGAAAACUUUGCUGCAAAACGAAGAUGAUGUUGGAGAAAGAUGAUCUGGGUCUGAGCCUCGGCUUAAAUUUUCCCAAGAAACAGAUGAAUCUCAAAUCCAAUCCCUCUGUUUCUCUUACUCCAUCUUCUUCCUCUUUUGGAUUACUCCGAAGAUCAUCUUUGAACGAGAGUUUUAAUUCUUCAGUACCCAACUCAGAUUCAAGUCGUGUAGAAACAAGAACAUUCAUCCGUGGAAUCGACGUGAACAGACCACCGUCAACGGCGGAAUACGGAGAUGAAGACGCCGGAGUAUCUUCUCCUAACAGCACAGUCUCAAGCUCCACCGGAAAAAGGAGUGAGAGAGAAGAGGAUACAGAUCCGCAAGGAUCAAGGGGGAUCAGUGACGAUGAAGACGGUGAUAAUUCGAGGAAGAAGCUUAGACUCUCCAAAGAUCAAUCUGCUAUUCUCGAAGAGACCUUCAAAGAUCACAGUACUCUCAAUCCGAAACAGAAGCAAGCGUUGGCUAAGCAAUUAGGAUUAAGAGCAAGACAAGUGGAAGUUUGGUUUCAGAACAGAAGAGCAAGGACAAAGCUGAAGCAAACGGAGGUUGACUGCGAGUUCUUACGGCGAUGCUGCGAGAAUCUAACGGAAGAGAAUCGUCGGCUACAGAAAGAAGUAACGGAGUUAAGAUCGCUUAAGCUCUCUCCUCAGUUCUACAUGCACAUGAACCCACCCACCACUUUGACCAUGUGCCCUUCGUGUGAACACGUGUCGGUCCCACCACCACCACCACCACCAUCAUCUCAGGCUGCCACGUCAGCACACCACCACCGGUCAUUGCAGGUCAAUGCGUGGGCUCCUGCUACGAGGAUUUCUCACGGCUUGACGUUUGACGCUCUUCGUCCUCGGUCUUAGUCUUUUUAGUUUUGCAACUAAAGGGCAUUUCGGUCAUUUUUACUCGUUUUCAGGGGGACCAAGAUAUGCAUGUAGUUGUUAACAUGUAUGUACUAUUUUUAGAAAGAAAAAAAGAAAAAACAGAUUAUUUUUCUCCCUUAAAACCAUCGUGUUCAUGCUAAC